AUGAAAGAUAACAAUCUCUAUCAUUUCUGCGUGUUCUCUGACAACAUUCUUGCUACUUCCGUUGUGGUAAAUUCAACUGCAUUGAAUUCCAAAAAUCCUGAUAUGGUAGUCUUCCACCUUGUAACUGAUGAAGUUAAUUAUGCCGCAAUGAAGGCUUGGUUCCACGUGAACAGUUUCCGAGGGGUGACUGUUGAUGUUCAAAAGAUAGAAGACUUCAGCUGGUUAAAUGCUUCUUAUGUUCCUGUUCUUAAACAGCUUCAAGAUUCUAAUACUCAGAACUAUUAUUUUUCUGGCAACAGUGAUGAUGGCAGGACUCCAAUCAAGUUCCGAAAUCCUAAAUAUUUAUCUAUGCUUAACCAUCUCAGGUUCUACAUUCCUGAAGUUUUUCCUGCAUUGAAGAAGUUAGUGUUUCUUGAUGAUGAUGUUGUGGUUCAGAAAGAUCUAUCAGGUCUGUUUUCCAUUGAUCUGAAUGGCAACGUUAAUGGUGCAGUGGAGACAUGCAUGGAAACAUUUCACAGAUACCAUAAAUAUUUGAAUUAUUCUCAUCCUCUCAUACGAGCACAUUUUGAUCCUGAUGCAUGUGGGUGGGCAUUUGGGAUGAAUGUUUUUGAUUUGGUUGAGUGGAGGAAAAGGAAUGUGACCGGCAUCUAUCACUACUGGCAGGAAAAAAAUGUAGACCGGACCUUGUGGAAACUUGGCACAUUACCGCCUGGACUUUUGACCUUCUAUGGUUUGACAGAGUCAUUGAAUCCCUCAUGGCAUGUGUUGGGUUUGGGCUACACAAAUGUCGAUCCUCAGUUGAUUGAAAAGGGGGCUGUGCUCCACUUCAAUGGGAACUCAAAGCCAUGGUUGAAGAUUGGGAUAGAAAAGUACAAACCACUUUGGGACAAAUAUGUGGAUUACACUCAUCCUAUAUUACAACAAUGCAACUUCCAUUGA